AUGGGCACCCUGCCGGAAGAACGUGUUCUAAAGGCCCUCGAUCCUCCUCCGGACGAUGUCAACGAAUGGCCAGACUUCGCGCUACGAGAAGCAAAGAUCUUCUACCAGGGCAAAGGCCGGUAUGCAGAUCUGCUUCAGGCUUCGGAUGAGACACCUUUAUGCGUUGUAGGCGAAUUGAUGCCAUUAGACGACGAGCAGGACCAUCUAGCUUUGACAGACGUUCCCACUCACGCAAGAAUAAAGAUAGACAAUGUCACAAAUUACAGUUUUGGUCAAGAUGACAACGGCAAGCCGGUCAUCUGGGCUGCGGGCAAAGCAGGCUGGUACGAGAUAUCGCCCUCCGACCGCUACCUGAGUCACUACAACGAUACGGUCGAAGCUAUCGACCUCUUCUACUUUAUGGUGGAUCAGCACAAUAAGCUGCCGCGGAAACAACAGCGGUUCGGCUUCAAGAUAGAUCCCUUCCUCGCAGACUACCAGAAGCACACGGACUAUAGGUUUGACGACGACGACGAAGCCAUGGAGACGAUCCACAAACACCAUCGCUUUCUGCUGAGGCAGAUGAUAGAGGAGCGGGAAGAGGUUGACUGGUCCCAAACAUAUCUCUGGAAGCACUUGGCCGAAACAUAUGCCGACGAGCUGGAAGAAUUGAAAGCCACUCUGGCGCGUCUGAAUCAAGCAGACCAACGGAUAGAGGAGGAGGAGGAGGAGGAGUCGUCGUCUUCAUCUUCGUCAUCGUCGUCAGAAGGAGAGGAAGAAUCAGAGUCAGAAUCAGAGUCAGGGGAGCAGAAUACAUUGCGUGCCGAUGCAACCAAAACGUCGGACGAUCCCGACGAAGAAUCUGGUGAAGACGAAUCCGAAGACGCUUCCGAAACAGCUAGCAGUGGCUCAGGGGACAACAAACCCGAGCCAAUUGACUGGACCGAGCCGAUCUGGGACAUGCUCAACAUCCUCCGCAAAUCUGCCAACUUCAACAUGCGCCACUGCGGCAUCGACCAAGCCGCUUCGGAGCUCGAAAAACUUCCUACAUUCCAAGGCACCCAUUCGGACGCGGUCGCGGCCUUCGAACGCUCAGCGGCACCGCUUCUAAAACUUAUGAACGAGGCCAAAUUGCGCAAGAAAUUCAAUUGGUCUACCCGGAGAAUAUACGACGAAUUGGAAGCCACGCUUGCAGAGGAAGUCGCCGAGGAAACGAUCAAGACGCCAGGCAAACCCGGGAACAGAGAGAAACAACGGCACCGGAUGAAGUCUGUGCUGCGGCCCAGUGGAGCCAGCAAGUCCCAUAAACGUGCUAGAGGCACGGUGGACGAGGAUGAAGACGAAGAGAUGGAGGACGUGGCUAUCUCGUCCCCCGUUGCUCGACGGCAAGGUGCAGCUGCGCUCUCCGCGCCGAGGGCCAGAGAAGCCACCAUCGACUCGGAUGCCAGCCGGGAAGACAGUCCGAGUCGGCAGCUCAACGGGCAUUUCGACCCGUAUGGAUUGCCAGAGUUGCCGCCCGGGCCGGAGGCGCAAGAAAUGCUCGACUUGGUCGCACAAGAGGCCAAGCGAGUCGGUCGGCAGAACCAGACGGGCCAUCUUAAGGAGUUUCUCGGCCAGUGGGUGGUCUAG